GCACUGGCUUUAUCUCAAUAUCUGGAAUCAAAUCAAGAACAAUUCAACCUCAAAGACAAAAAAGUUUUGGAAAUUGGUGCUGGAACAGGCUUGGUUUCCAUUGUGGCCUGUAUCUUAGGAGCCUACGUUACAGCUACUGAUUUGCCUGAAGUUCUUGAAAAUCUCUCAUAUAAUAUUUCAAGAAAUACACAAAACACAAACAUGCACAAACCUGAAGUGAGAAAACUGGUAUGGGGAGAAGGCCUCAAUGAAGAUUUUCCUCUGUCAACGCACCAUUAUGAUUUCAUAAUGGCAACUGAUGUUGUAUACCAUCAUGUAGUUUUGGAAUCCCUGCUAGCAACAAUGGUGUAUUUUUGUAAGCCAGGAACAGUAUUACUAUGGGCAAAUAAAUUCAGAUUCAGUACAGACUAUGAAUUUUUGGAAAAACUUAGCACUAUAUUUAACACAACCAUUCUAGCAGAAUUUCCAGAAUCAAAUGUCAAGCUGCUUAAAGCCACAGUAAGAGAGAAUUAA